AUGUCUGGUAUAUAAUUUUUUAAUUAUUUUCCUUGUGGUUAAUCAACCAAUGCAAUACCUUUUAUUAUAGUUAUGCUGAAUAUACGCCAUAAUUCUAUAAAAUUAGUCGAUAUUAAGGCUGGUUUUGAUAAUUUUCUUCACAAUUAAAAAAAUUUAAACACCAACUCCUCUGUUUCUCCACCCUCGUCCUCUCAACACUUUACAGUGUGUAGUGGUAGACGGGGAUUCAAAACUUGUUCGUUAUGAAGGAGGUUCGUUAUAAAGAAGUUUGUCAUACAGGAGUUCCAAUGUAUUAUAUAUAUGACGCAACAGUUUAACGCGGAAAAUUUGAAACAUAUGCAAAUUCUACGAAUUAUUACGUCCUUAGUAAAAAAGUUUUAAUUAUUUUUUUCCGCGAUUUACUACAUGAUUUACAUCUAAUUUUGUUUGUCUUGUAAAAUUAUAUAAAACUUUGUUUAAUAUUUUGAAAUGGAUAUAUUUUGAACAAAUUGAGAUUUUGCAUUUAACACUUAUGGAUGAGUCGCAAAAAUUUGGAAAAAGGAGUACAUAGUGAACGGCGCGAACCGUGGUCAAAGAUCUUGCUGUUUAAAAUUUUAAUUUAUUAAAUAGAAAUUUAUCUAACAUAUUGACAAACAGCUUUGUUAAUGGCUCUAAAAAUUUUAAAUUUUAAGUCAAUUUUUAUGUCAUUUUUUUGUAUUUAUUAAUCUGGUUGCUUACUUCAUACGGAAAUUUGUAUAAGAAUUCGUUUGUGCAUAUGUUGUGUUUUCAGAAUCAAUAAUCAAAAAUAUAUUCGUGUACGAGAAGUCAGCUUGGGACAGCGACUACGAGUACGACGGUGUUUCGGACACUGAGGAAGAGUUGAAACGAUUUUUUGAAGAAUGGAAAAAACCAGUUGAAGCUCAACCAGCGGAAGAAAGCGACAGCGACUUGGAAGAUGAGGCUCUUCGGCACAAAGAAAAAAUACAGAAUAUGGAACGCCGAACACGCAGAAAUGUAGAAUUAAAGUAUGUUUGCUCAUUCCUUAAAUAAAAAGAGCAUUAUAAAAUAAUAUAUUCAAUCAAAAUCAAAUAAUUUUCAUUUUUCAAAAAUUUGUUUUAGAAAAUCAAUUUGGCACUCGACGCCGUCUUCUGCCUUAAUAUGGUAUCUAAGAGCGCUACAAGCCGAUGUCGAACACCACACAUACGACAAGGAAAACGCAAUGAAAGAUGAAUACGGAUUUUCCAACUGUUGCCUUCAACCAGCGCCAAUUGAAUUAGAAACUGCAGCCGAAACCAUCAGAAGCCUAACAAGGCAAAAUCCGUCACUGUUAAAACGGUUAAACUACCAGUUUAACUUCUACUGCAAUGAGUAA